GUUGAUUUCUUUCUUUCUUUACCAUUUUUUAAACACUUUUUUCUCUUUCAACCAACAUCUAUCUUCUUGUUUUUCUCCUUUCAUUAACUAUACACCAUCUCAAAAACUGUGUACCUUUUUCAUCUUCUUCUUCAUCUCUUCUUGGCUUUUGGGGUUUCUUCUUCUUUCAUGGAAAUCAAGACAAAAAAUGGAAAAACAAAGAAGUUUUUCAUUCAAGUCGAGAAGUAAAUUUCUAGUCUUUUUCUUCAUUGUAUCGUCUUCAGUUCUCUUCUUUUCAUUUCUUUCUAUAUGGGUUUUUCAAGUUUCCCCUUUAAACCAUCAGUUAAAAUUUCAAUCCUUUUCAAGUUUGAGUCAUACCUUUGUAAUCAAACCUCAUAAUUCUACAGAUAAUGUUAUUAGAAAUGGGAGUUUGAGCAAACCCCAGUACAACAAAUCAGAUCAUUCUUCUUCUAUACAAGUUCAAGUUUUAGUAAAAGGUGUUGAUGAUGAGAAGAAGAAGAUUAAAGAGAAAAUAAAGGUCAAGGAAUCUGAGAUAGUUCUAGGUAACAAGAAUGCUGCUAAUUUUACAAGUCCUGAUAUUAUUAGUAAAGUUACUGAAAAAGUUGAUAUUUUAAUUGUAAAUGAGAAUAAUACCAAUAUUGAAGUGGAGAAAAGAGAUAAUAGUAAAUGUGAUAUAUUAAAUGGGACAUGGGUGUUUGAUGAAAGCUAUCCUUUGUAUAAGAGUGAUUCAUGUCCCUUCAUUGAUGAAGGUUUUAGUUGUGAAGCUAAUGGAAGAUUGAACACAAAUUAUAUGAAGUGGAGAUGGCAACCUCAUGAAUGUAACAUCCCAAGGUUUGAUGCAGUGAAAAUGCUGGAAUUGAUUAGAGGGAAAAGACUAGUGUUCGUAGGAGAUUCAAUUAACAGGAAUCAGUGGGAGUCAAUGCUGUGUUUAUUAAAAUCAGCUAUUACUGAUCCGAAACGUGUUUUUGAAACUCAUGGAAGGAGAAUUACUAAAGAGAAAGGCAAUUACAGUUUCAAAUUUCUGGAUUAUAAAUGUACAGUUGAAUAUUAUGUUAGUCAUUUCUUAGUUCAUGAGGGUAAAGGGAGAGUUGGUUCAAAACGGGUUCAGACUCUGAAAAUCGAUACCCUUGAUAGGGGAUCAUCUAGAUGGAAGGGUGCGGAUAUUUUGGUUUUCAAUAGUGCGCAUUGGUGGUCCCAUGCCAAAACUAAAUCAGGGGUGAACUACUACCAGGAACGGAACCAAGUUUAUCCACAUCUUGAUGUUCCUACAGCUUUCAAAAGAGCCUUAACUACCUGGGCGUCAUGGGUUGAUAAAUAUGUUAUACCGGGUAAAACACAGGUGUUUUUUCGAAGUUCAGCACCAACUCAUUUCAGGGGUGGUGCAUGGAAUGCUGGCGGACAUUGUAAAGAGGUAGGAUUGGCUGCAGAUUCUUGGGAAGAGGAUGAUCCGGCCAUUUUACUGGUUUCAGAGAAGAGCUUUAACUACAUGGGUUACGUUCACAAAGAUGUCACGGGGAGUAAAAGACAAGUCUUUUUGCAAUGUUCAGGGCACACCAAUACUUUUCAGAUACUUUUUGGGAUUGAUCCAAAAAAGCGACGCACCAUACUUGAAAUCUCCAAACUCCAGCCAAGAAGGAAGGAAACAAUAGGGAUGAGACAAGUAUAUUACAUGACAGAAAACAGAAGAGGGAACAGGUCAUUAAAAAGUUCAUACUCAUCACAGCCUUCACAGGUUCCAAGACAGUCAAAAACUGCACCAUAGAAGAAAAGCGUUUCAAUGAAACGGUUAACAAAAGAUGGUGAGUUAUGGUUUCCUUCAACCUCAGUGACCACCAUUACACAUGGAUUCAGGUUUCUUACUACUCUCAUUAGCGUUUCUAGUCGAUCAGGCAUAAGUAUCAUCGUCCG